CAGCUCACACACACUGCCACCACAGCCUUAUCCAGGAUGCCACCAGCUCACAGAAGCUGUGCCCCAACCAAGGCCUCACAGCCUGCCUGCUGGAUGACUACCUGGGUGCUCCUGUUUCUGCUCUGGCCAGUGGCCACAGCCACCAAGGCCUGCCCAAGGCCCUGUACCUGCCAGGCCUUGGAAACCAUGGGGUUAAAGGUUAACUGCGAGGGGCAGGGCCUCACAGCCCUGCCUGUGCUGCCAGCUCAUACUCGCCAGCUCCUGCUGGCCAACAAUAGCCUACGUUCAGUACCACCAGGUGCCUUUGACCACUUGCCUCAACUAUGGAACCUCAAUGUGACACACAAUCCCUGGCACUGUGACUGCAGCCUCACCUACCUGCGCCUCUGGCUGGAGGACCACAUGCCUGAGGCCCUGCUACAUGUGUACUGUGUCAGCCCUGACUUGGCCACCAAGCGUCCACUGGGCCAGCUGACAGGCUAUCAACUGGGCAACUGUGGCUGGAAGCUGCCACCAUCCUGGGCCUAUUCGGGGAUCUGGUGGGAUGUGGCAUUAGUAGCUGUGGCUGUGCUGGGCCUAGUACUGCUGGCUAGCCUACUGAACACAUUCAAAGAGCCCCUGAAUUGAGCCUAGCUAUGAAAGCAGGCUGGAAGCCCAGACCUAAGCCGGGUGCCCAGAAGCAUCAGACUGAAUCAGCCCAUGCCAUCAAAAACCCACAGGAAGGGCUAUUGAAAUCACUCAGUGGGCAAAGACACUUACUGCCAAGCCUGAAGAUCUGAGUUCUAUCCCCAGGACCCAUAUCAUUGGAGAGAACCAAAUCUCACCUUCAUACUCAUGCUGUGCACACACAGCAAAUAAAUAAAUGUAAUUUUAAAAGACAACAAUAAAACCACUGCAUAGCCUUUUUGUAUGAGC